AUGUGGGAAGCCCCCAAGUUUACUGACGAGGCUGUCUCAUGUAGUGGCAUUUUCGGUUACAUCAACUACCUGGUGGAAAAGGACCGCAAGUUCAUUGUCGACACACUCAUCAACGGUCUCUCUCGCCUCGAGUACCGCGGCUACGACUCUGCCGGCUUCGCCAUCGAUGGCGACAAGAAGAAGGAGGUGUUCGCUUUCAAGGAGGUCGGCAAGGUUGCCAAGCUGAAGCAACUCACCGACGAGAGCAACCUCGACCUCACCAAGGUCUUCGAUUCACACUGCGGUAUUGCCCACACACGGUGGGCUACUCACGGCCCGCCGUCGCGCAUCAACUGCCACCCCCACAGGUCCGAUCCCAACUGGGAGUUCUCCAUCGUCCACAAUGGUAUCAUUACCAACUACAAGGAACUGAAGACACUGCUCGAGAGCAAGGGCUUCCGGUUCGAGACAGAAACCGACACCGAGUGCAUCGCCAAGCUCACCAAGUACAUCUACGACCAGCACCCGAGCAUAGGAUUCACGGAUCUGGCCAAGGCUGUCAUCAGCGAGCUCGAGGGCGCCUACGGUCUGCUGAUCAAGAGCGUGCACUACCCCCACGAGGUGAUCGCCGCCCGCAAGGGUUCCCCGCUGGUCAUCGGUGUCAAGACGCAGAAGCGCAUGAAGGUCGACUUUGUCGAUGUCGAGUACGCCGAUGAGAGCAACCCGCUGCCUGCCGAGACAGCGGCCCAGAAUGUCGCGCUGAAGAAGUCGGCGGGCUCUGGCGGCCUUCUGUCGCCCAACCUCCUGGGUGCUGCCGACAAGUCGCUCCUGCACCGCUCGCAGUCGCGCGCGUUCAUGACGGACGACGGUCUCCCGAUGCCCACCGAGUUCUUCCUGUCCUCGGACCCCUCGGCCAUCGUCGAGCACACCAAGAAGGUCAUGUACCUGGAGGACGAUGACAUUGCGCACAUCCACGAGGGCUCGCUCAACAUCCACCGUCUCAAGAAGGCCGACGGGAGCAGCAACGUGCGUACUAUCCAGACGCUCGAGCUCGAGCUGCAGGAGAUCAUGAAGGGCAAGUUCGACCACUUCAUGCAGAAGGAGAUUUUCGAGCAGCCCGAGUCCGUCAUCAACACCAUGCGUGGCCGUCUCGAUAUCGGCAACAAGACGGUGACGCUCGGUGGCCUGCGCAACUACAUUAGCACGAUCCGCCGGUGCCGCCGCAUCAUCUUCAUCGCCUGCGGUACCUCGUACCACAGCUGCAUGGCUGUUCGUGGUAUCUUUGAGGAGCUCGCCGAGAUCCCGAUCGCUGUCGAACUCGCGUCCGACUUCCUCGACCGCCAAGCGCCCGUCUUCAGAGAUGACACAUGCGUGUUCGUGUCGCAGUCCGGCGAGACGGCUGACUCUCUCAUGGCGCUGAGGUACUGCCUGGAGCGCGGAGCCCUGACCGUCGGUAUAGUGAACGUGGUCGGUUCCAGCAUCUCCCUGCUUACCCACUGUGGUGUCCACGUCAACGCCGGUCCCGAAAUCGGUGUUGCCUCGACUAAGGCGUACACUUCCCAGUUCAUCGCCAUGGUCAUGUUCGCCCUGUCGCUUAGCGAGGACCGGGCGUCUAAGACGAAGCGGCGCGAGGAGAUCAUGGAGGGUCUUAGCAAGAUCAGCGACCAGAUCAAGUCCAUCUUGCAGCAGGAUCAGAAGAUCAAGCAGCUGUGCGCCAAGACGUUCCAGAACCAGAAGAGCUUGUUGCUCCUUGGUCGCGGCAGCCAGUUCAGCACCGCGCUGGAGGGUGCCCUCAAGAUCAAGGAAAUCAGCUACCUGCACUGCGAGGCUGUCAUGAGCGGUGAGCUCAAGCACGGUGUCCUCGCCCUGGUGGACGAGAACCUGCCCAUCAUCAUGAUCCUGACCCGCGACGAUAUCUUCAAGAAGAGUCUGAACGCCUACCAACAAGUUGUUGCCCGUGGUGGAAAGCCUAUUGUGAUUUGCAACCCGGAUGACGACGAGUUCACGGCCAGCCAGGCUGAGAAGAUCGAGAUCCCCAAGACGGUCGACGUCCUGCAGGGCAUCCUGAACGUCAUUCCCCUGCAGCUCAUCGCCUACUGGCUCGCUGUCAUGGAGGGUCUCAACGUCGACUUCCCCCGCAACCUCGCCAAGUCGGUGACUGUCGAGUGA